AUGCCUCCAAAAGGGAGCGGUAAAAAAAGCGAGAAGAGCCCAGGGAAAAAACCAGCUCUUCCAGGCGAGAAGAAAGUCAGACACAAGAAGCGACGAGAGAGCUACGCGACAUACAUUUACAAAGUCCUCAAACAAGUUCACCCAGACACUGGUAUAUCGACCAAAGCUAUGAGCAUCAUGAACUCGUUUGUAAAUGAUAUUUUUGAGAGAAUAGCAGCGGAAGCCUCUCGUCUGGCUCACUACAAUAAAAAGUCGACCAUUUCUUCACGUGAAAUCCAAACAGCUGUUCGCUUGUUGUUACCCGGCGAGUUGGCCAAGCAUGCUGUCAGUGAGGGGACAAAAGCCGUCACAAAAUACACCAGCAGCAAGUAA